AUGUCGGCUAUUCAAGAUCAUUUCAACGUUCUCAUCGUUUGCGCUUUGGAGUCAGAGCUGCAGGCCGUAAAAGCAGUUCUAGAAAACGGAACGAACGGCAAGUUUGGAAACAAAUACACACAGCCCAGAGAUCUCAACAGCCUCAACGUGAGAGUGUGUGAAGGAUGGAAUUCUACUGAGAUGAAGGUGGGCAUGGUCGCACAAACAGAAAUGGGAGGGAGCGAGAGUCAAAGGUUGCUUUCCAAUCUCGCCAAGUACUUCACGGCUACUGUAGUCGUGAUGCCCGGGAUCUGUGCUGGAGAGGAGAACGUACAUGGCCAAGUGGAGCACGGUUGUGUGCUUGUCGCCAAGCGAACAACAGUAGAGAUGAGAGGGAGAGUGGAGGAAGGCGGAUUCUAUGCUAGAGCACAAUACUGUGAGCUCAACAGGGACAUCCUUGCGUCAAUCAAUGAAUUGGUUCACGUGGAUUCUGAUGAAUGGUUGAAGUACAUUCCAGAAACGUCUGUUCGUCCCAGCCCUCGUUAUCUUCAACAACUCAUCCUAGACUUUGCAAUGAAGAGGGGAAAGAACGGCAUUACCAAGGAAGAGCUAUUGGACAAGAUGGUGGCCAAGAAAUUGCGUGGAAUGACUACAAUGAAGGAGCAUGAGACUCGUCUCACCUAUGAUCAAAUUCUGCAUACAAUGCUAGAACAGUCAUCUCCUUGGGUUAGUGUAUCUCCAACAUCAAAUUCUAUGUACAUUGCUACUGAGGAAGGAAAAGAGUAUGCAGCAAACGAAGCUAUUUUUCCUCGCGAAAAUGACAUCAUUGCUAUCAUUGAUUCCAUGCUCUCGGUGCCACACAAGCUUACGAACAUGAAGGCAGAGUUGAGUGAUUACAAAACACGCGUGGGGGACAGAAAGGUGAAGGCAGUAGACAUGGAAGCUUACUACUUUAUGGAUCAAGCCAUUGAGAGCUUCAAGAGAAAGGAAGUACCAGGCAAAGCAGUCGUCAUGAAAGGCAUCUCUGACUAUGGCUUUAGAGCAAGCAAAGGAGACUAUUUUCAUGUGUAUGCUGCCAGCACAUCUGCUGCCUUUCUAAGACAUCUGAUGACAGUCAAACAACAUCUUUUUGGAAUUGCCGCAACUGAAUGGCUGAAAUUAGUAGUCAAGUCACUAAAUGGGGAAGCUGUGCAAUUGAAGGCAAAGUCAUCCGAUACUAUUGCCACACUGAAGGAGCAACUUUCUAGCAAGAAAGGCUCUUCAUCCAUGGAUCAACUACUCCUUCUCUAUGGAAAACAAUUACAUGAUGAGCAAACAUUGUCUGACGCAGGAUUAGCUAAUGGAAUGACACUGAGUCGUGUUGCUUGUCCACGUUCUGUGACAAGCAUGGGACCCGAUGUCAGUGAGUUAUUUGUGCGAGCUUUGAAGCGAGGACCUACGACUGAAAUAACUCGAGUCAAGAUUGUCAUUGUUGGCAAAGACAGAACUGGCAAGACAUCCUUUAAGCGAUCCUUGCUCAAGCAGAAGUUUCAGGACGGUGAACUAAGCACACCUGUGGUGGCUAGACCAGAAGUGGCUGUUUGUGAAGCAUGCAACUGGAGAGUUUUGCAUGACAAAGACGAGGAAUUGUUAGAUAGACAAAUAGCUAGAGCAGCGAUCCAUGCACAGGGUACUGCUAAUGUAGAUGAGUCAGGCAGCGAAGACGCCAACCAACCAAACGAUGAGAAUAGAGAAAUCAUUCACAGUCAAUUGGGCACGAACACAAGCAGUGAAGCAACUGCACCAAUUCAAGAUACUGCCAGCGCAACUAACACUGACGAACUAGACAACAAAGCAGCUGCAGCAAUUGAUGAUGCUGAAAGCAGCACGGGUGAUGACAAACUGGAUGAAGCAAUUGUUCUAACCGAAUCAAUUGGUCGUGCUAUAGAGCAGUUUAAAAAUGAUCCCGAUUUACUGAAGCAAGAAGCUUCCAAAGUGUAUUAUGCCAUCUGGGAUUUAGGAGGUCAGGAAGUCCUACUUCCUGGUCAACAACAAGCCAUCACACCAGGAAGUAUUGUUUGUGUCGUUUUUGAUGCACGCAAGUAUCUCGAUGACAUAGCUCAAUCAUCCCACCGUUCUUCUACUACCUUAAAAGAAACCCAGAUUCCUAACGUGUGGAUUGAAACCAACUAUGAUGCUGUGUCUUUAUGGGCAUCUGGUACUUUCUUGGCAAGAGAUGAGGAGGAUUGCCAUAUAUUAGAGCAAUAUGCAUCCCCAGUUAUGUUCCUGAUCGGAACACAUAUCGCUGAAGCCAGUGAAGAGUUGAUACAGGAUCAGAAUGCAUUUCUGUUUGAGAAGACUCUCGAUCAGCAAUUUACAGAGCACAUCUACCGACCAAGCAACGGACUCCAUGAUUGGUUUUUCCAUGUUGAAAACUCGGUAUCUGACCCAGAAUCUCCAACUGAGCAUCCGGGUGUGAUUGAAGUGAAGCGCGCCAUUGAAGAGGUAACAGGUGAUGAGUCAUUUAAAAGUGUGAUACCAGCAACUUGGUCAGUGCUGGAGAAAAUCUGCAAUGCUUUAGAAAAGAAAUUGGGCAGUGCCUUGUCUUAUGUCAACGUUAUCAUGCCUUUUGCCGAGCGAUUGUGUCGUAUUUUUGACGAGGCAGAAGUUCGUCUUGCUUUGGUGUAUUUGGAUAAAGCCGGAUCAGUAAUAUUUCCUCAGGCAUAUUUGAAUAAAGCCAGAUCAUUAGAAUUUUGUCAGAAAAGUGAAAAGUUGAAGGAUGUAGUUGUCACCGAACCGAACUGGCUUUUCAAGGUUUAUUCAGUGAUCGCAUCCGUUUAUUAUCCUUCUGGGUUCUUAAGUACGCCUUGGAAAGAAGCAAAGAAAUCAGGAAUAGUUAGUUGGAAACUGAUGAAGGAUUUCCUUGAAAAGGCAGGAGUGAAGGAAGAUGAGUAUGAAGUUGCAUUGAAUUUGUUGAACUGGUUCUAUAUGCUCUGCCCUAAACCUUCGCCAUCUGCUCCAGUAAUUUCUUAUGAAACAGACUACUUUGUUCCAUGUCUACUACAGUUUGAGUCAAAAAGUCAACCAGCAAGUGCUGCUCGAGUGAAUCCAAAUGAUUGUAAACCAUUUUCACUCAUUGUUUUACCUUGCAAAGUUGCAUUUAUUCCUGAGCAGCUGCACUUCAGAUUAAUGAUGUGUUGCAUUGAGCAUUAUCCUUACAAACUGACGUUGACUCGUUACCAGUGUGUGUAUCGAGUUGAUAAGGGUGUCGCAUUAGAAAUUACUUACCAUUCAAAGAAAUACCUCAUUGUGACCAUCGACACGAACAGGUGGCAAUGCCAUGAAAUUGCAUCUUUAUGUACAAAGAUUCGGCGGUUUAUCAUUGAAAAGCUCUGUGAUUUGAGGGAACUAGGGUUGCCGAAUUUCCGGUUUUCAUUAAACAUUCAACGUUCAGGACCAGUUGAUGCUGUGGAUCCCACUAAGCUAGUAUGUAUAGACGACUACAAAGCAAGUGAAGACACGCAACUUACAGAAAAUGAAAGCAAACGUGAUGUCGAGUUGAAUCAGGAUGAAAAAGCUGCACUAGACUGUUGGUUUUAUGAACAGAAAAAUGAUGCUCAAGGAACAGUUGCAGCUGCGUAUGAAUACGAAGAUAUUGGACCGCCUUCCGCAAAGAGAAAAUGUCUAGAAGGAAAAGCUGCCCAACACUACAGCUGCGUGUGA